GGCCUAGGGUUGUGGUUGAGGUGGGGGUCUAUGCCACUGGGCCUGGGAAGAUGGUGCUGGGUGGUUUCCCGGUGAGUUACUUACUUCUGUGCGGCCAAGCCGCUUUGCUGCUGGGAAAUCUACUUCUACUGCAUUGUGUCUCUCGGAGCCACUCGCAAAAUACUACCUACGAGCCUGAGUUCACAUCCUCUGGCGCCGCUCACCCGGAGGGCUCCGCGGGCGCCCCGAGCUGGGAAUAUGGCGAUCCCCACUCUCCAGUCAUCCUUUGCUCUUACUUACCUGAUGAAUUUAUAGAAUGUGAAGACCCGGUGGAUCAUGUUGGAAAUGCAACCGCUUCCCAGGAACUCGGCUAUGGUUGUCUCAAGUUCGGUGGUCAGGCCUACGGUGAUGUGGAACACACGUCAGUCCUAUGCCGAGCCCUAGAUGGAAUUGAGUGUGCCAGUCCUCGGACCUUCCUACGAGAGAAUAAGCCUUGUAUAAAGUAUACCGGACACUACUUCAUAACCACUUUACUCUACUCAUUCUUCCUGGGGUGCUUUGGAGUGGAUCGCUUUUGUCUGGGACACACUGGCACAGCAGUAGGAAAGCUGUUGACACUUGGAGGACUUGGGAUUUGGUGGUUCGUUGACCUUAUUUUGCUCAUUACUGGAGGGCUGAUGCCAAGUGAUGGGAGCAACUGGUGCACUGUUUACUAAAACAAGCUGCUAUUAUAGCCCAGGGAGGCAAGUUGAAUGCUCUGUCUUUGAAUCAUCUCUCUAGGCUCAGAACUCUUCCUUGACAUCAGACUUUUACUUUCCCUCUUUGGAGGGAAAUGGUUUCAUUGGGAAGAUUUCUUUGGACUUUUGAUUUUCAACCCAAAUUUUACUUGUGGACUAGAAAUGACGUGCAA